AUGUUGUGACGCGAGGUUGGCUGGUUCGAGAGCUCGACUCAAUCUAUCCAAUACUGUGGGUGUGGACCUUAGUGGUGAAUGAUCCUCUACUCUUCACGUUGCUGGAUGAACAACAAGCGCGCUGGAAGUAGCCCCGCCGAGCCGAGUAUGUGUGAUGUGUAUUGUUGUUGCUGAACGGUGUGUUCUUGCUGCGGGACAGAGUGAAUAAAGAAGGCAGGCCUCCUCUAUACGGUCUAUCAUACGCGGCGGAUAACCCCCACGGUGUAUAGUUAUCCCCAGUCGCGCCGCCAUCCGUUGCGUGUUUGUUUCGUUGAGCUAAAACCGUGAUUUGUACGGAUGUUGUUAAGCUACGGAAACUGGGAUUGUGAAAAUCCAGAACACAUGAACAAACUAAAGUGUCGAAGAGACUGUUUCCACUGUUAUUCGUGAAUGCAUUUUAUUUGUGAAGUCUUGGUUCUUUGAAUUGGUGAUCAAUCCGCAAGUUGAACAGUGUCUGUGUCUACGAAUUUUGUGCUCGAAGAAACAUUCAAAAACCUCGAAGAGUGUCUGAGACGUUCAUUUAAUAACAAAUGAGCAUAAACAAAGAAGCCUCGGGAAUCAAGUAACCUGUUGCUGGAAGGGAAAUUCGUGUAAGUUUCAACUUUGCUGCAUUUGUGUCAAAUUUUUGGACUUAAAACAUAAGAAAGGCAACGAAAUAAGUGUACGGUGAAUUGCGAAAGAAUGUUCACUAUCAAUUCUAAGUGAACGCAGAGAAAAGAACAAAAAUUAGUGGUGUAUCCGCAAGCGAUUAAACAGAGCAUAUGCGCGACAUUCCUGUUCAGUGAUUCCUGGAACAUGAACACCACCAGCUACAUUUAUUUUAUCGGAAUCUAAAUCUCAAGUUGUUGUUGUUGUUGUUGUUGUUGUUGUAGCUGGUGCUGGUGCUGGUGCGUUCUACUGGGAAGAUCGGCGUUUAGGUUUCGGCUCUGUAUGUGCUUCUUCUUCGGUUCAGUUCAGUGGGUAUAUUCACAUUAGCUGCCCUCAUCGUUGCUGUUGCGUUUUCCUUUAUCCACACACAACACAACGCAACAUCCAUGUUUUAAGUUCGUCUUGUCUGAUUCUGCCUGCCUGAUGUCUGUCGUGUAUGGUGUGGCGCUGGUGGCACUCGGAGAGAACCACGGCAGCGGCUAAGUUGGAACGUUGUAAUAAGUGUUUCCGAUUGUUCUGAUUGCAGAGCUGCCAGAUUGCAGUUAAGGGCGGAACUUCGCUCAACGAAAUUUCAAAGUUUGCACAAUCGACAAAAAAAAAACUAAAGCCAAAGCAGACACCUCAAGUCAGCACUAAACCGCGAAGGGGUUUCCAAUUGCACAAAAACAGCUACCGGUAGCUUCUGAGUGCCGGUGACUGACCGGUCGAGUUAAGUCUCUUUUUCGAUACCGGGCGGAUUUGCGGGAACGGCAGAACCCGCCACGUUUGAUCAACAUCAUCAUUUUUUGGAAUCGAUUCGUCGUCGCCGCCGUCGCACCGGGAAGCAGAACGAACUUUAACAGUCAAACCCACUUGGAUCGAGUUGAUUACCCACACUCAGCAGUACAGAAGCUGAGAGAAGGAAGUUCCGAUUGGUCGUGGUGUACCGGUUGAUGGACUUUAAAGGUUGCUCGAAGGAGGGUGUGGGUGGUCAACUCGCGAGACAUCCGCCGUCCCCCCCGAACCGGAAGUGACCAUUUUACCUCUAUAUUGUUUGAUCGUUCGGCAAUGUUAAACGAAUCCAAGGGAGAGCGAAGCAAACACACGCACACGUGUGAUUGGUGGUGUUGGGUCCGUGUGUGCUUUUUGUGCGAUGUGAUGUAUGUUGUGUGAGCAGCAUAUAGAAAUUCAAUUCGACCAGAACGGCAGAGGAAGUGAUCCGAUGUUGUUGCUCGUGCUGCUGGUAUAAUACUUUUUCGGGCCUUCGCAGGAAUCGUUCGACUUCCAGUAGUGUGUUGUAAAUUUUCGAAAAGGAAGAAGUGUUUAUGGAAAAGAAUAAAAUUAUUAAGGGCUAUGAAUGAGCUAAAUCCAGUGUGUUUACUACGUGCUCGGUGUGCUUCGUGGAUUAUUGUUGUCGUGGAGUUGUUGUUGUUGUUGUAAACAGUGAAUCGGUGAAUCGGGUAUAAUCGACAGCUGGCCAAAGAUGGGUUUGGCAUCGUCCAAGGCGGCCAACAGUAUUGCCGCCAGCAGUAACGGUGGCGUCGGCGGUGGUUCCAAGCAUGACAGCGUGCUUGUCGAGACGCAGCACCACCAUCCGGAUAUUCAGCAGCCAUGCUCGCUGCUACCGUCGCCCUCGAGCGUUAUCGACAGUUGGAAACCGUCGAGCUGUCACAUACGGCAAGCCAGCAUCCGGUCGCGCAAUUUACAGCCCAUGCCGGACAUUGGCGAGCUGGAUCGACGGUUCGCGAAAGUACUGGCUUCCAUGGAUCUCCCACCGGACAAGGCAAAGCUGUUGAAGAAUUAUGACAACGACAAGAAAUGGGACAUUAUUUGCGAUCAG